AUGUCCACUUAUACAUAUCUUCGAAGCUUAAGCAAUCGUCUUUUUAAUCAUAAUAAGUAUUUACUUAAUAAUAAUAAAAGAUUGUUCUCUACUACGAAAUCCCAAUUAUCAAGACCAGUAUAUUUUAAUAGACAGAGAAUACCAAUCGAAACAGGUCAACCAAUCCACGAGACUCGUCCCGAUUUAAUUAAAUGUGGUGAUCUGACUCCGGGCAUCUCCGCUAAAGAAUAUCACCUAAGAAGGUCUAAAUUAAUGUCACAGGUUCCUGAUAAUUCAUGCAUAAUUAUACCAGGAAGUGAUAUUAAAUUUGCUACUGGUUCUGUUUUUUAUAAAUUUCAGCAAGAUAAUGAUUUUUUUUAUUUAAGUGGCUGGAAUGAACCAAAUUCCGUUCUAGUCUUAGAAAAAAGCAGUAAUAAUAGCAAUAAUAGUAAUAACAAUGACUUUAAUUUUUAUCUAUUUGUUCAGCCAAAGGAUGAAUUUGCUGAAAAAUGGGAAGGCUAUAGAACUGGUAUUGAUGGUGCUGUCGAAAUUUUUAAUGCAGAUGAGGCUUUUAAUAUCAAUUUUUUAGACCUUAUACUCCCAAAAAUCUUGAAAAGAAAUAACUUAAUAUGGUUUGAUCCAAAAAACCCAAAUUUAAAUUCUACUAUUAAGAAAAUAAUAGAUGAUAAUGCAAAUUCAUUAAAAAUCAUAAGAAAUUAUAAAAAUUUAGUGUCUCAAUUAAGGAAGAUUAAAUCCACAGCCGAAAUUAACGUCAUGAGGAAAGCUGGUCAAAUCUCAGGUAAAAGUUACAAUCAAGCCUUUGCCAACAGAUUUAGAAAUGAAAGAACUCUGGCUUCUUUCUUAGAAUAUCAUUUUGUAUCAGGUGGAUGUAAUGGGAAUGCAUAUAUUCCUGUUAUAGCCACUGGUGGAAAUGCACUUUGUAUUCACUAUACAAGAAACGAUGACGUAAUGUAUGACGAUGAACUAGUCCUUGUAGAUGCCGCUGGUUCUUUAGGUGGAUACUGUUCAGAUAUAUCACGUACGUGGCCAGUUAAUGGCCAGUUCUCUGAUGCUCAAAAAGAUUUAUAUCAAGCUAUUUUGAACGUCCAAAAACAAUGUAUUGAAUUAUGCAAGGAAUCAAACCAAUUAAGCCUGAAUGAUAUCCAUGAAAAAAGUAUAAAAUUUAUGAAACAAGAGAUUAAAAAUUUAGGUCUUUCUAACAUCACAAAUUGGGAUGUGGAAAGACUUUAUCCACAUUACAUUGGCCAUAACCUUGGGUUAGACGUCCACGAUAUACCUGAAGUGUCUAGAAGAGAAUUAUUAAAGGAAGGUCAAGUCAUUACUAUUGAACCAGGUAUUUAUAUACCAGAUGAUAUACAAUUCCCAGAAUAUUUCAGAAACGUUGGUAUUCGAAUCGAAGACGACAUUGUUGUUGGAAAGGAUACAUACAUAAACUUAACAGUUGAGGCUGUUAAAGAAAUAGUUGAUUUAGAAGCUAUAAUGCAACGUGGUGAGACAUUAUCAAAAUUUGAACAUGAUGUUGUAAAUCCUCUGAACGAUCUUUAA